AAGUUCGGGAACGAGGGGAAAUCAUUGUCCCUUAUCCCUGGACUUCUAUUUCUUCUCAUCCAAGCGUACCCUUAAAUUUUCCUAAAAACAUAAGCGUGGGUUUUAUUGUAAUUCUGAACGGACAUAAAUCUUAUUUAAACCCUAGUCUCCUGGGCUAGUCUCAACAGAAGAGCAGAACGUUCCAGCACUCUGAUUGAGCUCUCAGUAUCUUUCUGCGGAUUGUUUUUGAAAUGGCGAAGCGUUUGAUUCCGUCCUUCAAUCGCGUUUUGGUUCAGAAAAUCCUCCCUCCUUCUAAAACAAACUCUGGAAUUUUACUUCCCGAGAAAACCCCGCAGCUGAACUCGGCAAAAGUAGUAGCUGUGGGCCCUGGGAGUCAUGAUAGAGAUGGGAAGCUUAUUCCUGUGACUGUGAAGGAAGGAGACACUGUUCUUUUACCAGAGUUUGGGGGCACUCAAGUGAAGCUUGGUGAGAAGGAGUAUCAUCUUUACAGGGAUGAAGAUAUUUUAGGAACUCUUCACGACUAAUACGUGGUAUGUAUUUGUUUCAUUCAAUCCGAGGAAUUGAAAAUGCUUUUUUGCUUUUGAAUUUAGUAGGGUUUUAUUAUGACUGUGUUUCUGUUGUAGCAUGCAAUUUUAGAACUUCUGAGGUUCUAAUAUCUCCGAGGGAACAGUUUUCAGGCGCAGAAUAUGUUUAAGUUACCUUUCCAUACUCUAGACAAUGCUAAAUGCUUUCCUUGUUUUAAGAGAGCCUGUGAUUUCAUAUAAUGAUAAUUCGCAUUAGUGUUUAUUUUGAA